AUGAAUACGCUCCGCACGUCCCUUUCAGCGGUCACAAAUACCGCUCUGAAGCGCAAGGCUAAGCAGAUCAGCCCAGCUGUGGUCGCCAGGUGCUUCACCCGCUCGGCAACCAUCACCUCUCCCUCCAUCACCUCUCCCUCCAUUGCCUCUACUUGCGCUGGUCCCUCCUCCACACCCCUGCCAUUGGAUGUCACCUCGGUCAACUCGAACUCAGAAGCCCUGCAGCUGCUGAAAUCGCAACCAAGCCACUAUGCUAUUGCUUCCAUCACCGGUCGAACCUACCUCGUUUCCCGCGGUGAUCUUGUCACAGUGCCCCGUCUCCGCGAUGUUCAAGUCGGAGACCUCCUCCUUCUCGACAAAGUCCACGAGGUCGGUUCUCGAGAUUACACACUUCGAGCGCAAGACACUCUCAACACCCGUCGUAUCUCCACCGCUGUCGAUCUCAACCCAACUUGCUCUUCUGCAGCACCAACAAUCCAACAUGGUCCAUCGCAAGCAAUCACUCCACAGUCAAGGCGUCUAUUCACACGUCUGGCUUUAGAAGAUCCAAGACAAAGAAGCUCGCUUUUGCCGCUGGCAAACACUUGGUCUUCGAGGUUGUUGCCAAAUGGCCUCGCUCAUGUCGGUGCCAGCUUGGACACAGCGACCGUGAGGGUGACAGCAGUUGUCACAGAGAACACCAAGGGUGCAUUGGAAAAGAUUGUAAAGAAGAAAAAGAGAAAGGGCUACAAGAAGACGGUUCAGCACAAACAGCCGUAUACUAGGUUGAGGAUCGAGGAGAUUACUAUUCGGCCCAACUAG